AUGCAUCAUGAGGAGGAGCUUGAAGAAUCGUGUUCAGAUCAUAUUUCUGUGGAAAAUCAUGCGAGCGAUGUUUCGACAAGUUAUAACCAUGUUCCUAUUCGUUUGCCUAGCCAUGAACAUAUCAAUGUUAAUGUUUCGGAUACAGAAGAGGAUGAAGAGGAAGACGAACAAGACAUUGAUGAUGAAGGACAGACGGGGAGAAUGGUUAGUAUUUUGUCGAGUUCUAGUAGUCCUCCUGAAACUAGUUACAGAUUAACGAGGGAAAACAGUAGAAGGCUUUUCUGGGAUGCUUUCUCUAGACGGAAUUCUAUAAGAAGGCAUAGAGGAGAUUCAAUUGCUGCUGCUGCUGCAGAUGGUUUAGGAUCUCAUGAUAGAUUCCUCUUCGACUUUGAUCUUAGUGCUGAUUCUUCUGAUGAUGAUCAGGGUAAUAGAAUUCACAGCUCUAGCAUUCAACGUCUUCAAUCACAAUCUGAGGCCCUUUCGAAGAGAAUUCACUAUGGGAAAUUUGUAGCAGAGGCUAAGUGUCGAGCUUCGCUCGAGGACUAUACAAGUGCAAUAAAAGCACAAGACCGAAAAUGGCUGAUGGAUUUACUUACAUAUCCAAUGGUUGAAGAAGCAGUGAAGAGAAGGGUGGAGAUAAAAUCGAAAACUCAUGGUCAAGAAGUGGUGAUUAAUCAGGGAGAUGAACUGGUUUCAGGUUCAGAUCCGAAUUACAGAAUAAAACCAAACUUGGUUGGGGAUUUGUAUGGAGAUUGGAUCAUGCCAUUGACCUCCCCUAAUAAUAAUAAUAAUAAUAUGUUAUUAGAUUACUUACUACUUAUGUAUUAUAAAUCAAUGCCCUAA